AUGAUUUUAUCAGAAAAUAACAAUAAUAUUAUAAAUAAUAAAGAAUAUCCGUUUCUUAGUGAAGAAGAGGAUAGUAAAAUAGUAACUUUAAUAUGCAAUCAUUUAUCAUUAGGACAAUUUGAAUUAGCAAGAGCUUUAAUUUUACAAAUUUCAAAUAAUAACAAUAAUAAUAGUAAUAGUAAUAAUAAUAAUAAUAGUAAUAAUAAUAAUAAUAAUAAUAAUAAUAAUAAUAAUAAUAAUAAUAAUAAUAAUAAUAAUAACAAUAGAGAAUUAACAACUAAAAUAUCAUCAAUACUUUAUCAUACAAUUAGAAAUGGACCACCAUCAACAUGGCUUACAUCUGAAACUAUACCAUCAUCACCACAUUUAUCAUGGUUAUGCUCAAUUGAAUUUUAUCAAUUAGAUCAAGAUGGAUUUAAAUCAAGUAUAAGCGAAAAAACAUUAUUACUGUUAGAAUUUUCAAUAUUAAUCUAUAGUUUAUUAGGAGAGUUACAAAAUAAUGAUAGAAAUAUUCAACCUAUUAUUCAAGAGCUUAGAGAAUAUCACUAUGUACUUUUAACCCAGAGACAACCAAAUGAAGAGUUUAUCGAUAGUUUAUCUAGUUCACAAUUAUCUCAGAUGGAUAAUAUAUUGUUAAAGAGCCGUUUAAAUAAUUCAACAAUAUCAAUAUUAAAAAAUAUAUUAUUAAAUAAUUCAGAUUUUGGUACACAUAUAAUCAAACAUUUUACAAAUCCAUUCACAUCAUUAGACCAAUCCUAUUCACUAUUACAAUCUAAAUACCCAGUUACCUCUCAAUUAGAGCAAUUAUUAUAUGAGGUCAUAUUACAGCUCAUUAGCCAAAAACAAUUUAACCAAGUAUAUAAUUUAUUAACAAUAAUAGAUUUAUCAAAUAAUAGCGAUAAUAACGAUAACGAUGAUAACGAUGAUGAUAAUGAAUCAAUAAUUUCAAAACUAUUAGAAAAAAUUUCAAAUUUAAAUAUAAAAAACUUAACAAAUGACAUAAAUAUUGAAGAAGUAACAUUAUUAAAAAUACCAUUUAGUAGUCAAACACAAUCAUCUCCAUCUUCCCCAUCUUCAUCAUCCCCAUCACCUCCAUCACCUCCAUCUUUAUCAUCUCCCUCAUCACCAUCACUAUCAUCAACAAUUAAUCAAGAAUCAUUACCAAAAGAACAAGAAGAUUCAAUAUCAAGAUUAAAAAUUUAUGAAUCUUUAUUAUCAAAUAGAACAUUAGAACCUUUAAAAACCUUCUUAAAACACGAAGAAUCAAUACUAAUUGAACCAAAAGAACCAAAAGAUUUUCCAGAAUGUUUUGAAAUAUUAAAAAAUUAUUUUAAUUUAAAACCUUCAAUAAAUAAUAAUAAUAGUCCAAAUAUUAAUGAUUUUUCAUUAGAUUCAAGUAAAUUAAAAAACAAAAUUUUAAGAAAUAAUUUAAAACAAUUCAAUAGAGAUGACCAAGAUUAUCAAGAUAGAGAAUCUAUAUUUUGGUAUUGGUAUUACCAUUUCCUAAGAGUUAAUGACCACCACUAUUUAGAAUACUCUUUGAUGAAAUCCAUAGAUCUAGUGAAGAACAAAAGAUUUGAAGAGGCUUUAAUUGUAAUCAAACCAUUCGAAAAGUUAUUACCAUUAUUAAUACUAUUAUGUUGGGAUCACUUUGAAAAUGAUAUAACCUCAAGAAAAUCAUUAACAAAUUUAUUAGAUCUAUCAAAAGGUAAUAAUAACAAUAAUAAUAAUAAUAGUAGUAGUAACAAUAAUAAUGAUAGUAAUAGUGAAGAAUGUGAAGAAAAGAUUUAUAAUAAUGAUAAUAGAUUUGAUCCAAUCUUACUACAUUCAAACCAUCAACUAUCAUAUUUAAUAGAACUAGCAGAAUGGAGUUGUAGAAGAAUGAUAGCAGUACCAAAUAGCCCAGAUGGUCAAAAUUUAAUAAUUGGAAAUAAAGUUUAUGAUUUACAAAAUGAAAAAAUUAGAGGCAAUAAUGAUGAUAAUAAUAAAAAUAAUUUUCUUCCAUCACCACAAAACGAAUCAAAUAAUUCAACUUCACCCCCAUCAUUACUUUCUUUAGGUAGAUCAAUGACAAUUGAUAUUUCAAAUGAAAUUUUAAAUCAACUUUUUCAUCACUCCUUCAUCUAUGUAAUAAAAGAUUGUUUACCAUUUAUAACAUCAUCCGAUAUUUUAAAAUUUAUUGAAAAGGAUCCAGACUAUCCAAUUGGUUAUACCCAAAAUCAACAAAAGGAACCCCAAGAUCAAGAAAAAGAAACAAAAGAACAAGAACAGUUUUUGCCAAAAAUUGCAUUAGAGAAAUUAAAUGAUAUGAAUUUAAUCAGAGGUUACUUUUUAAUUAAAAAUAUCUUAAAAUUUUUCCAAUAUCGUGCCACUUCAAGUGAAUCAAAUAUAGAUAAAGUUGAAUUCGAUAGUGUAUUGGACGAUGUUUUCGAUUUAUUCAAGGGUAUUUCAAAUUUAAAUAUUUCAAUUGGUUUAAUAGAGUCACUAUAUCUAUCAUUAUUUUUAUCAAAUCAAGAUUUAAAGAAUAAAGUAAAUAAUAAUAAUAAUAGUAAUAAUAACAAUAAUAAUAAAAAAGAAUUUUCACAUUAUUACAAGAGAAUUUUAAAUUUCAGCAAUGAUGAUAAUCAACAAUCCCAACAAAAACAACAAGAAAAUGAACAACAAUCACCAUUACUACAAAAAGAAUCAUCAACAUUACCAAUCCUAUUAGAAUCAAAUGAUUUAGAUGAUCAAAUUAUAAAUUUAAUUGAUAACGAAUACAAUUAUGAAAAGCAAUCAAAAACCUCACACAAGAAUUAUUUAAUUACAUGCACAAUGUUAGAAUUAUUAAUUGAAAAAUUAUUAUUAAUUUUGAAUUUUAUUGAAACCUCAUUCCUUCAACAAAAACAACACCAACAACAACAAUAUAACCAACAGCAGCAACAACAACAACAACCUUGCGAAUCAAUUAAAGAAAGGAUUCAAAUUAUUAAAUUAAAUUUAGAGAAUUUAAAACUAAGAGUCGAUCUUUCAAAAUGGAUAUUAAAUUUUGGUGAUAAUUUUAAUUAUAUACCAUUUAUGAGUUUAGUUUUAAUGCCAACCAAAUCAUUAUUAUUAAUGGCAAUGAGAACAAAUUAUCCAAAUUUUGAAAUUUUAAUUAAAUACUUUCAAGUACCAAAAGAAAUUGAAAAUCAAGUUUAUCAAUAUCAAUCAAUUCCAAAUUUAAUUAAUACCUUAUCAAUCAGCAACAGUACAUCAGUUUUAAACUUUGUAGAUGAUAAUAACCAAGAACAAUUUAAAGGAAUUAAUAACGAUAAUAUAUUUCAAAUACUUUGUGAUAUUGUUAUUGGUUCAAAUUGCCAGGAUAGUUUAAUAAAAAAAAUAUUAGAAAUUAAUAAUCAAUAUAAUAAUGAUAAUAAUAAUUGUAAAUCAUAUAUAAAUUGGAUAUCGUCACUACAUAAAGAAUAUUUAAUUAAAUCAAUUAGUAAUAAUGAUAAUAAUAAUGAUAAUGAUAACGAUAAUGAUAAUAACAAUAAUAAUUUAUUUAGUAUUUUAAUAAAUCCACAAUCAAUACCCGAUAGAGACUAUCAAAAUAUAGAUAAAAUGAAACAAUAUAUUAAAAAUAAAACAAUAAUCAUUAAAUCAUUAAAUAAAUUAAUAAAGUGUUAUAAUGAUAGUAAUAGAAUCAUAAAAAGUCAAGAACAACCAUCAACUGAAGUACCAGAGGCUCAAGUUAAAUUAAUUAUUGAAAACGAUAAUGGUUUUUCAAGCAAUCAAAUUCUAUCAACUACAUUCAACUAUAUAUUAGCAGUAAACCAAAUUUAUCAGGAAACCCAAUCAAUUGAUUAUACAUCACUAUUUAAAAAUAUUAAUCAAUCACCAAAAUCAAUUAUUCAAGAUAUAGUAUUUAAUGAAAAAAACUAUAAAAAAGCAGAGUUAUUGUCAAAUUUCAUGCAAAUUGAUUUAUCAGAUUUAAUCAUUUCAUCAAUUUCACAUACCAUACCAAAAAAUCCAUCACAAUCACUCUUUAAAUCAACAACACCAGAUAAUUCAGUUUUAAAUUCACCAAUAUUCUAUAUAGAUAAUAAUAACGAUGAUAAUAGGUAUAAUAAUAUCGAUGAAUCAUUAAAAUUAGACUCCAAUAUUGAAGAACAAAUUAUUCAAUUCAAUGAAGAGAAUGGAAAAAUUUUAAAGAAAAAUAUAUUAACAAUAGAUUUGGUUAAUUAUAUUGGCAAAUCAUCACUACUGUUAUCCUGUUUAGUUUGUAUGCUAAAAUCACCAAGUUCAGAACAAGAUGAUAUAAACUCAUUUUUAAAUUACUCAAUUGAAAAUUCAAAAAAACUUUCCUCUUCCUCAAUUUCAAAUUGGAUAAAUGAAAUUUUAAAGGCACAUACAUUUUAUAAUAAAUAUUUCAAUAAUAAUAAUAAUAGUAUCAAUUUCAACAACAAUAAUAAUAUAACAGAUUUUAAAUUAAUUCAAAAUUCAGAAAGUAUUCAUCAACAACAAAAUUUCUUUUUUAAAAUUAUACAAUACUUUGUAAAUAGUGGUAAUUUAUAUGAAGCUUUAAAAGUUGCCGAUGAAUAUUUAGAAGAAGGAGCUCCAGAUUGGUUAUUAAAGCUAUUGGUUUUCAAAGAUAAAUCUCAAGGCUAUAGAUAUAUUAGAAGAAUGAGAGAUAAAUCAAAAGCAUUAAAUUUAGUUAUGGAACUAUUCAAUCAUUGGGAUAUUGCAGUUUGUAUUGAUAUGAUUGUAAUUUGCAAAUCAUUUUUACAACCCUUAGACAAUAUCAAUAACAACAAUAACGAAUUAAGUUUAAAUGGGAUCAAAUAUUCAGAACUAGACUAUUUACAUCAAUCGUUUAUAUUAUAUCAAGCAAUUUUAAAUAUUGAACAACCAAAUCAAUGGAAUAAUUGGCAAUCAAUUAAAGAAAUUUGUUCCAAUGAUCCAAUUGUUAUGGUUAGAAGUUUAUUGGAUAGCAAACACUAUGAAUUAGCUAGAAAAAUACGUGACCAUUUUCAAGUAACCGGUAUUAAGAAAGAAAUUGAAGAGCGCUAUUUAUAUUAUCUAUUGGUAGAAAAGGACGAUGCAUCAUUGGCUUUACAAACUUUAUCGGAACUAGGUCAAGAAUCAAUAAUAAUUUUGGAAUCAUUAUUACCAGCAAUCAAAGAAAUCUCAAUUAAAUUAUUUUUAGUUCAAUUUUUAUUAUCAUCAAAUAUGAGAAAUCAUUUAUCCGAUGAAAAACUAAAAGAAUUGGUUCAACAAGAAAUGGGUUAUCAAGUUUUAAUGGUAUUGCCAGUAGAUUUACAGAAUGAAUAUUUACCAUCAAUAAACCAUCCAAAUCUAAUUAUAGAAAUGUUAAUUAUGAAUGAAAAAAUACCAUUGGUUUCAAAAUUAUUAUCCGAAAUUAAAGAACUAAAAGAUGUUGAUGACCUUUUAAUUUACUAUGCUAGAAAAGCCCUGUCAUUUAAUAGAUAUUUAGCCAAAAAUGAUUUAAUGAUGCUAAAUGAUUAUUUAGAAAAAGAAUUUGACGAUGAACCUCAAAAACAAAAAAGAAAAUCAUUUUUAUCAAACAUUUCAAUUAUUAAUCAAAUUCAAAAUAGUGUUCAAAAUGUUACAAAUAAAGAAAAUAAAGCAAAUCAAUCUUUUCUUUCAAGUUUAUCAUCUUCAAAUUCAGGUACAUCAAUUAUUAAUCAAAUUCAAAAUAGUGUUUCAAGUAUUACAACCAAAGAAGGUAAAUCCUCAAGUUUAUCUCCAAAUUUAUCUUCAAAUUCAUCUUCAAAUCCACCUUCAAACCCAUCUUCAAACAACAAUUCAAUUGACAACUAUGAUGAAAUUUUAAGAUUAAACUAUAAUGAAGUUGGAAAUAAUUUAGAUGAAACUGUUAAUAAUAAUCAUAAUCAUAAUAAUAAUAAUAGUAAUAAUAGUCAAAUUAAUAUUUCAAAAAAAUCAAUUAUUUUAAAAGAUAAACAAUUGCAAAAAUGGUCUUUAACAUGUACAGAUUUAGUUGAAGAUGAAAAAACCAGACAUAACCAUUUCUUCCCAAGAUCACCCUCAAUUAGUUUAGCAAAAUCAUUAUUUGACUUGUGCAUAUCAAAAAAGAAAGUUUAUAAUACCUGCAUUGAACUUUAUAGCUAUUUAUCAAGAUUAUUAUCAUCAACCUAUUCAGAUGACAAUUUAUUAAUUAUAAAUUUAAUUCAACAAUUAUUAAUGUAUACUAAACUACAAUUAUUAAGAGAUCCAAAGAGUGGUGGACCAACAUUAGUGGCAGUUUGUGACACAUAUUUAGGCAAGGUUGAAUUGUUCCAAUCUUUAGUAAUUUCAAAAUGCUCAGGCUCAAUGUCAUUGGUAGACUUAUCAGAUCCACAAAAAGUAAGACAACUACGUGAUCGUUUAAUUCAAGAGGAUCGUCUAAAACUAGCCAUCGAUGUAGCAAAGAAAUGUAAUAUUCCUGCUGACUCUGCUUGGGUUUCUUGGGGUAUCUCUUUAAUUCAAACUGGAAGCUAUACCGAAGCUAGAGAGAAAUUUAAAUAUUGUUUAACACCAUCUGGUCCUGAUCGUCGUGUUAUGUCACCUAGCAAUACAUUGUCACCCGAUACAAUUGACUCUGGUGUAAUUCUAAAUCAAAUUAUUCAAUUAUUAGAAUCACCUCCCUCUCCAAACCACUCGAAUUUUAGAAACCUCUACAACUAUUUAAUUUCAACACAACCCACAAAUAAUUCAACAAAUGCAUUCGGUAAAUCAAACUCUAUUAAAAUUGAUGAUAGUAUGUUUUAUUCAUUACUGCAACCCCAGUCACAAGUCUCAAACAAUAUAAAUAAUAAUAGUAGUAACAAUGGAAAUAACUCAAAUCCAAUUGCAGGCUUCUUUUCAUCAUUAUCAAAUAACGAUAAAAAGCCAUCAUCAACUUCAACACCGUCAUCGUCAUCGUCAUCAUCAACUACAAACCAACCUGCAAUUUUAAAUAAUAUAGAGAUGGAUAAAACUAGAUUGGAUGAAGCAAUUUAUUAUUUAAAGAAAUAUGGUAGUGGUAGAAUGUUAGUAAGCUUCUUAAUCAAACAUAAUCUUUAUAGAAAAGCAUGCGAAACAAUAUUAUCUGAUAUGUUACACCCAAAUAUUUUCUUUGAUGAAAUUGUAAUGAAAGCCAUUUCAAAUAGUUCAUUGCAAUCCCUCUUUAACACAAUUAAAGAAAUCGAUCCAAAACUUUUAGCCUUUCAAGAUCACCUUUUAGCAGCAUGUAAAAUUAUGAACGAACGUAAAUCAUAUCAAUUGCUUUUCGAGUUUCAAUUAUAUAUGGGUGAUUAUGUUAGAGCUGGUUUAACCUGUGUUAAAAUGUUUAUUUCAAAUCCUGAAGCUUCGUCCACCACAAGAAUUGGUUAUUUAGAACAAGCGAACACAUUCUUUAAUCAAGGUCUAUCAGAUUAUGUCAGAGGUUGUGUGUUAUCAGAAUUUGAAAUCGAAAAGUAUAUUCAAAACAUUCAAACCCAACUAGAAAUCACCAAAUUCUUUUAUAAGCAAUCUUCAAUUUCAAACCAAUCACCAAUUCAUAAAAUCAGUAUUUUCGGUUCACCAAAACAAAAGACUGAAUUAGUAGAAAAUUUAACAAUUUAUGGUAAUUUCGAAUUAGGUUUUAAAAUAACCCAAGAGUUUAAACUACCAUUACCACCAAUCUACAUCAGUGCAUUCACUACAAUGGCCAGAAAGAAAAUGACCUCUAAAAUAGAAGAGUAUUUAAAUAACUUGCGUACUUUUAUUUCACCAGACGAUUGGGACUCAAUUGCAAUGCCCGUAAUAGAAACCCUUACACAAGAACUAAAAGAAUUUAAAACUGCAGAAAAACUUACUCCAAAAAUCUAUUCAACCCACAAUAGUGUUAAAGUUAGUAUAUUAUGUGGAAAAUUAAAAACUGCUUAUUUAACCGCUGUGCAUCAUAAAGACCGUAAUUUAAUCCUAUUGGUUUUAGAAGAAGCUAGAAGAACAAAUCAAUCUACAAUUCAAAAAUGGUGUGAAGAAGUUUUAAGUUCCUAUCAAUAA